AUGGUCCUUGAAGCGUCCACGCAAUCCGGCUUUGCGUGGGCCCCAUGGAUCCGGAGUCUACGGCUCGGGAGGGCGGCACCAACAUCUCCCAAGAGUCCCAAGGGCACCGCCGUAUAGAAAAUUAGAAAUCCAGCGAGCUAGGGUUUGGAGUUCUUCAGCAGGGUGCCCCGCAUCUGGACCAUGAACGGAGUCGCAGUAGGCAAGAAGGUAUUUGCACUCGUAGUGGAAAUCAUGUUUUUCUAGGAAAACCUAGUAUGGCUUCAGGUUUCUCUCACAAAAGUGUGAUUGAGUCCAGCUCUUUGGACUUACCGGACAAACGGUUGAAUAUCAAUUGGGAAGAUGUGAUUUGUCCCAUCUGUUUGGAUUUUCCUCACAAUGGAGUGCUACUACAGUGCUCUUCAUGUGAUAAAGGGUGUAGACCAUUCAUGUGUGAUACAGAUCAUACCCACUCAAACUGUCUUGACCGGUUCAAAAGUGCAUAUGGACUGCCUGCUGAUACAAAGGUUUCUUCUACUGUGACUGGGACAUCUGCAGUGAACGUUCGAGCCAGUCCAUCUGAAACUGGCAGCUGUCCAAUCUGCCCCUUGUGUAGAGGAGAGGUGACAGGGUGGAUUGUCAUUGAUGAAGCCCGUGCAUAUCUGGACACGAAGAAACGAUGCUGUCAAGAAAAACAAUGUUCAUAUGUUGGCAACUAUAUGGAACUGCAACUGCAUGCCAAACAAGAACACCCCCAUGCAAGGCCAUCAGAGAUAGACCCAGCACAACAACUAGAUUGGGAAAAUCUCCAGCACUCUUCUGAAAUUAUAGAUGUCUUGAGUACCAUUGACUCGGAAAUACCACAUGGAGUGGUAUUGGGGGACUAUGUUAUUGAGUAUGGGGAUGCUGGUGGUCAUGAGUAUGAAGAUUUCCCUGGGGAUGAUGGCAAUUGGUGGGCUUCUUGUAUCCUUUAUCAUGUAUUUGAUAAUUUCCGGACUUCAAGAAACCGACGGAGAUCAAGAGCAAGUGAGACAAGAAGAAAUCACCAUAGAUCAAACUAUGAUGUUUCAAGCAUGGAUGAUGCUUCUAUAUCAUCAGCAGACAAUUUAGAAUAUCAUUUUGACGACUCCGAUGACGACUUUGGGGGAGCAGUUGGUGUAACAUCUAGGGAAAGAGCUUAUGGUCGCAGCUACCGCCGGCGCAGAUCUCGUUUCCAGGACUCUUAGGCACCCAUAGCUACCGCCGGCGCAGAUCUCGUUUCCAGGACUCUUAGGCACCCAUAUUGGUCACUCCAGUUUUUGGAGGAAUGCAAAUACUUUAUUUCCUCUUUGGUUACCAGUAAACCCUUCUUAUGAAAUACUCUGUAAAUAUAAAUGAUCUCUAUAUUUGUGCAUGUUCCAUAUUGCUUCUGGUUCUUUUAAGCCAAAUUCAACCUAAGAGUAUUUGGCAGCUAUUUUCUUUCCUGCUAUGGCUUGUACUUGAAUGCUUGUAGUAACAAGGCACGAACGGGUUCAGGAGUUUCUCCAUGG